AUUCAAUACACAUCCACGUGGUCCAUUUUGCCCUGAAUUGAAACGUUUGGCUUUGACUCUUUUUAUUUUGACUUUGACUCGAAGUGAAUAGCUUGCUUGCUUGUUGAAAGCUGUGUGUAGGGUGUGCUUUCGCACUGGCAGUAUUAGUAGUAGUAAUGUAUACUACCAAGAGUAGAUAAGCUCCUAUUACUCUCUUCCUCAACUCCUCCAGUAUAAUACUAAGUCUUGUGUUCUGCCCUGUAGCUGCCUGGAGUCGACAAUUGACAGUACAUGUGUGAGAAUGAACGCACUGCCUCCGUCAACCGUCCAGCGAAUAGCCAGUGGUCAAGUUAUAACGUCAGUCAGUGCUGCAGUGAAGGAGCUGGUGGAGAAUUCCCUGGAUGCAGGUGCCAGCAAUAUCACUGUGCGCUUGGAGAACUAUGGCCUGGACGUGAUAGAAGUGCGUGACAACGGCAGUGGGAUAUCGCCGUCGCAGGCAUGCCAUGUGGCGCUGGCGCACUACACCAGCAAGCUGUCGUCGCACGAUGACCUGAUGCACGUGCGCAGCUACGGCUUUCGCGGCGAAGCGCUCUCCUCGCUGUGCUGCGUUGCCACGGUGAAGAUUACGUCGCGCACGGCCGAUGAUGAUGUCGCCUCCCAGUACUCGCUGGAUAAGCAAGGUCACAUUGUGACGACAAAGCCGUCUGCUGGGGAUGUCGGUACAACUAUCACUGCUCAGAAUAUCUUUGCUAAUCUACCUGUACGGCGGCAAGUGUUCAAGACAGCUCGCCGCUGCAAGGAAGAGUUGCGUGAAGUCGAGGAUCGUCUGCUUGGCCUAGCCCUAGCUGUGCCUGGCGUACGAAUGCAGCUGGUCAACAACAAACAGACUGUAUGGCAGCGACCCAGUGGUGGUGAUUUCACAGCGGCUGCAGUGGCCGUGUUUGGUACGUCUACAUUCUCGCAAUUGAAGAUGCACUACGGCACGGGAAAGGAUAUACAGGCGAGUGCAGAAGCGAGCAUUCACAUAUCUGCGUUGCUUCCCAAGCCGCUGGCAAGCACGGCAUCGGUUUUGCGCAGCACGUCCAACCGUAGUUUCAUUAUCAUGAAUAAUCGUCCAGUCGACUACCAGGCGCUGCACAAGAAGUUGAAGAGCACAAUUACGCCGGCGUUACUCGCAGGCGCAAUGGCCUCCGUUAGCGGUGCAGCUGUGGCUGGUAGCUCUCGCAGUCAUCCAGCAUAUUGCCUCAUGAUUACUCUGCCGACUACACGUGUGGACGUCAAUGUCAAUCCUGCCAAGAACAUUGUCCUCAUUGAUCAGGAGGAACUUCUCCUGGAGGCUGUUGAUGAGCUGCUGCAAGAGGCUUAUCCCGCUGCAAGCAUGCCAGCACAGACAGGUGCAGCAACUACUCAGGAUGCUGAGGAGCCGACUAUGAAAAGCACUGCACGGAAAACGGAGUCGCGCUCCACGAACGCCCCUGCCAUGAAUCAAGCGUCAGUCGCGGAUGUUCCAACCGAGGACGAUGACUUUGUUGGUAAUGCCGCGGCGGACCUCGAUCUGCUGAGCAAAUCGCAGUGGGUGGAUCUGGUCGACGAUGAUCUUGUUCUGGACGACGAAAGUGCUGAUGUUCCCGGAGCAGCUUCUACUACAACAGAUACCAGUGCUGGUGCUGGCGGGACUCAAGCUAUCCCCGACAGUCCAGGCUUUCCCGACCUCCCCACGCCACCGUCGAGUUUCAUUCAUGCCUCAGCUCUCUUCACACAGUCUGCCGGCGAGCAACACCGCGUGACUGUCGACUCUGAUGCAACUAUGCCCAGCGGAGAUAACGGCCACUCUGAAGUGCAAGCCGUGCCAAAAUCGCCCAGGACAAUUGCAGAGGGAACUGAUGGUCUUGCUGAAGUUGGCAGUGAUGGCUGGAGUCGUGGACAUGAGUUAGCCACCGAGGAUGGCAAUACUGUCGAGCCCGUAAUGUUCCUGGCGCCCAGGACAGUCGCUACUAGUAGCAGCAGUACUGGAGCAGCUGUGACGAACAGAUCAACCGCAGCACAAGUCAGUUCAAGUCGUUGCAACAUGUCUGCAUCCUCUGCGCAGUUGUCUUCAAAUUCUCACGGCGGAGAGGACAGUGGACAUGACAAGCCUUCAGCUCCAGGAGUCGGAAGAGCUGGUGACAUCGGAGCACCAGCAGACAGUGUGACGAGAGAGUAUACCCACCGUCCUAUUGUUGUCGAUUUCCCCGAGACUGCUGUGCUGGCUACAGCUCUGGCACAGCGCAAACCCGCUGCAACACCGCUAGCUGCUCGAGCGGAUGCACCACCGCUGGUUUCUCCGGUUUUGUUCGAUGUCCCCGCCCGCACCGCUUCCUCCUCGCCUGCAAUAGGUCUUCCGAAUUUCUCUCUCGACGCGUCACAGUUGUCUCAAACACCGUCACAGCAGCCCAUGGAGGCCACAGCACCACCGACUGUAUCUCUCAGUGCCAACGUCGGUGCUGCUGAGAAGCGAAGCGCUUUACUGCCAUCAACUCCGGCGGCGAAGCGGUCUAAACCUGCGACUGCCACUCCGUCGAGCUUGAAACGUCAACCAAUGCGCCAGGUGAAGUUGCCGUACUCGAUAAAACCCUUGACCAAUGAGUCGUUCAGCUAUGCUGUUGGUGGACCAGUGGUGGAUGUGCCCGUCUCUUUUCACACCGUCAGAGAGCGGUUUCUUGCAGCUGAUGCUGGUCCGGAAAGGGAUGAUUUCAGCGGCUCGAAUGGGAGUGAUGCCAUUGCUAUUGGUCCACUGCAUCCUUCUGCUAUGUGGUGUGUCCUGCAACAGUCGUCUUUAUCCCUCCUUAACCACUUUAGAGCUAAAGAGCUGUUACUGUAUCAACAGCUGUGUAGCACGCACACGCUUCUCUCUAAGCCCCUCGAGAAGCCGAUUGCAGUCAAUUGCGAGCUACUGAAUGAUCAGCGACUGUGGGAUCGACUGGUCAGCAUGCAGCAAGUCAGAGUGGAUACGAGCGGUGCUUGCGAGUUUGAUGAUCCUCUUCUCGUGAAGAAUGGCUUCAGGCUGGUCCAGGAUAGUAACGGAGAUUCUAUUCGCUUAGUAGCCGUAUCAACAGAUAUUCCAUGCUACGGAUAUCCUGAUCUUGUUGAGUUGUUGCGUGUCAUUGUGGAGCGAGAGGCCAAUGGACAGUCGGUAACAGUGGCCACAUGUCGUCCACGCAAAGUCCUGACAUAUUUGGAGUCCGAGGUCGUGCGGCUUUGUCGCAAGCUUCCCGACUCGCUCAGCCGAACGGCCGUCGCCGAAAUCUUGGCCGACAUCAGCUUACAGCCGGAGACGGAGUGUCGAUGUUUCCAUGGUCGUCCUAUACUGCAGCUUCUCGCAAACGUUGAUGAAUUGGAUUUGAGUUAACGCCGCAAAUACGCGUGCAUGCGCUAUGCGACUACAGUGAAAGAGUUCAGUAUGAUGUGCCUCCAGGAGACACACAGUAUGAUGUGCCUCCAGGGGACACACAGUAUGAUGUGCCUCCAGGGGACACACAGUAUGAUGUGCCUCCAGGGGACAUACAAAUCUGUACUUGAUAGCCCAGGUAUUGCACAUCCAGGGUCUGAUGACUGGAAAGGGCAUGCACAGUCCUCUAAAACAACAUUAUGUCCGGUGCUAAGAGAAAGUAUGUUAUCUCCUGGGUAGCUAAUACUGAAAUUUGACUGUACCUGAUAUUCUCAUCUACUGCUACUUUCCCUCACUGGCUGGUAGUGGUCUGUGCAUAUCCCUCUGGGAUAAAAUCAUAAAAGUGGAUUUUUUUAAUGCUUCAGUAUUUUUUCAAGUCCUCUUCUCAACAAAGUUUUUUUAUGUGCGGGUGUUUGCCCGGGUGCAUGAUUGCAUCGUGGUAUAAGAAGCAAGGUGCACGCGCACGCUGAGUUGGCAAUACCGUUGCGUUGUACUCUACCCUAUGUGUAAUACCGCAGCCGCAGGCUACUGGUGACGUAUGCAGGGUAGUGUUGAAAGCCACUUCAAUCAGCUCA